AAUAUACUAUUUCAUAAAAAAAAAAAAAAAAUGUCUCAGUGUGAUAAACACGAUCCUUCCUAUCAUUGUCCUGGAAAGAGCUACUGGCCUGAGUUAGUCGGGGCAAAACCUUUGGAUGCGAAGGCAGUGAUCCUGAGCGAGAACCCCCACGUCGACAACGUCGUGAUCGCCGUGUAUCCGGCCAUCGCCCCGCCGGACUUCUGCUGCAACCGCGUCUACGUUUGGAUCGACCGCCCCGACGGAACUGUUAAAUUUCCUCCUAUGAUAGACUGAUCGUAAAAGGACGAGCAUCCGGCUGAGAAUUGCAACAUGCAUUCCACCAAUUUUAGCCCUAGUUUACUUUAGACAAUAAUAAAGGAGAAAGAAGAGGUUUUACUUUUCCCGCAAAAGCAUUCCAUCGAAUAAAUGGGGGCGUUUGUGUUAGCAUCAUCGCUUCUGGGUGCAAUACUGUUUGAUUUUUAAGCAUUAUUAUUCGAAUUGAAAUGAAAUAGA